AUGAUGGGUUGGUGGUCGUCCGGGGCCAACGGCGCCCUAGAUGAACAGAUCGAGAAGGCCACGAGCAGCAGCCUUGAGGACAUUGCUCUUAACCUCGAGAUCUCAGAUGUUAUCAGAUCCAAGACGGUCCAGCCUAAGGAGGCCAUGCGCUCGCUCAAAAAGCGCAUCAACAACAAGAACCCCAAUACCCAGCUUAGCGCGCUCAACCUCACGGAUACAUGUGUCAAGAAUGGCGGCGCCCAUUUCCUGGCCGAGAUCGCGUCGCGGGAGUUUAUGGAAAGCGUGGUGUCACUUCUGAAGGCGGCCGGCCCCGCCGCUGUCAACGCCGAAGUGCGUGCGAAAAUACUUGAACUUAUCCAGUCGUGGGCUGCUGCCACCGAGGGUCGUUAUACUCUAUCAUACAUCGGCGAGGUGUACACGACCCUGCAAAGGGAGGGCUUCCAGUUCCCCCCGCGCGUCAGCGUCUCUAGCAGCAUGAUUGACAGCAGUGCGCCACCCGAGUGGAUAGACUCCGACGUUUGCAUGAGAUGCCGAACUGCAUUUACCUUCACCAACAGAAAGCACCACUGCCGCAACUGCGGGAAUUGCUUUGAUCAACAGUGCUCGAGCAAGUCGCUGCCCCUCCCCCACCUAGGCAUUCUCCAGCCUGUCCGUGUCGACGAUGGGUGCUAUGCGAAGCUUACUGACAAGUCCUCGAGAGGGGGAGGAGGUGGGAAUGAGCGCUCUCCUACGUUUCCCGCAAAGCACCGGUCCUCGUCGACGAUGCAGCCGCGCAAUGCCCGGGUGGACGACGGUUUUGACGAGGAUUUGAAGAAGGCCCUGGCUAUGAGCCUGGAGGAAGUUAGGAGCCACUCUCGGGGCUAUGUCCCGCAAGCCGCCAGUGCCGUGCCUUCAGCCCAACCCAAGGUCAAUGGGCACUCGCCCCCGGCUUCUAAAGCCGCAGAGGAAGAAGACGACGACCUAAAAGCCGCCAUCGCCGCAUCGCUAGCAGAUAUGGAGGAACAAAAGAAGCAGCACGCUGCGGCUCUCAAACAGCAGGCUGCGAAUGUCGGCAGCUCAUCGACAGCUGCACCUUUUGCGCUUCCCAAAAACGACUAUGAGCUCACGCCUGUCGAGGCAGAGAAUAUCAACCUCUUUGCUACAUUAGUCGAUCGCCUACAAACACAGCCGCCCGGUACCAUCCUGCGAGAGCCGCAGAUACAGGAGUUGUAUGACAGUAUAGGUACUCUGCGGCCAAAGCUUGCACGGACCUAUGGCGAGACUAUGAGCAAGCAUGAUACUCUGCUUGAUUUGCAUGCGAAGCUAUCCACCGUUGUACGGUACUAUGACCGCAUGCUAGAAGAACGGCUAUCAAAGGCCUACAGCCAGCAUAGCAUAGGGGGCUACAAUCUUCCUCCGCCGAGGCAAGCCUCUGGGCCGUACCCCUCACUACAGGCAAACGCACCCGGCAAUGCUGGGCCGGCAGAGAGCUUUUACACGGGAGAGCAACAACAAGACUACAGGCACUCUUUAGGGCCUCCUUCCUAUGCACAACCAACGCCACAGCCGCAAUAUGCACAGUACGACAAGCGAGUAUCGAUCGUUGGGCAUCCCAACGGCCAGUACCCUCAGCAACAAGUGCCGCAGAGAACAGGGAGCUGGGGUGGUGCGCCGCCUGCUCAGGCGCCUCAAUACAACCAGACCGGUUAUACUUUCAACGAAAGCACGCCUCCCCAGGGGAACCAUAUACAACAAGCACUGUCUCAACAGCAACUUGCUGCUGCGUCAGCAGACUCGCUCGGGACUACACCGACGACUGACCCGAAUGCCUCAUUUUACUUUAACUCACAACCCCCGCCACAACAAGCGCAGCAACCCAAUGCUUCGGCCCCUGACCCCAAUCUGACAUCAUACCCAAACCUCUCUCAGUCGAUUCAUUCUUACCAACCUUCGUUGCCGCAAACUCCGGCUUCGGUACCUGCCCAGCCGUCCCAGCCACCACAGGCACACCAAGCGCCUCAGCAGCCGCAGCAGCCGUACUGGCAGCAUGCUGCUGCCCAGCAGACGCCUCUACCGCCAGUGUGGCAAGCUCUGCCUCCGGCAGCAUAUGCUGGAUACUCUCAGGAGGUGUUCCCUUCGGCCCCGCAACAUGCGCCAAAGCAGCCCGUCGUAGAAGAGAGCCUGAUCGAUCUCUGA